AUGAAGGGAGGCAUCCCAUCCCCAGGCAUUUUGAGCCUUGCGUUUAUCUGUUUCUUCGCACUUGCUUUGUCGCAACUCGACGUAAAAGAGAACGCGUCUAUAGUUUCUACAACCAAAAGAGAUCCUCGCGAAUGUGACUGUUAUACGGUAUCCGGUGCAGAGCCAGGAUAUUUCCAACACUACAAGCUCUGGGAUUUCCGAUCCGUCCCUUUGGAACAACUUGACAUCUCCUCAUCAGAGCUAGACGAAGACGACGAGGACGAAUGGCCUGACUGGGAAGAUCUAGAUGAUGACGACUACGACAGUGAUGACUGGGAAGAUCUAGAUGAUGAGGGGUACGGCAGUAACGACUACGAGGAUGAAGACAAAGACGAAGAUGAUGAUGAUGACGACGGCGAUGAAGACAACCAACGACAUCAUAACGACUCCCUAUUUUUCUUCAGGACCGGCUUCGACAAGGACUGGGUCAGCCAAGGAUGGCAUCGUCCCCGGAGCCCCAAAGCGCCCGUGACCAUGGUCAAUUCCAAACGAAACGUCUUUUUCACCCGCGACCACGAAGACGAUGACCCGGAAGCAACAUACCUCGUCCUGCGCACCAUCCGCCAUAUGAACUUCACAUCCACCGCCGAGAUCGAGACCCGCGUGCAAAACAUCUUCCGUUGCUCCCUGCGUCUACGUCUACGGGUCUUACCAGCCAGUAUGCAUGUAUCACAACCACCUCAGGACAAAGAAUUGCCAUCGACGAAUCCAAACCAACCUCUCUCCGUGGUCCUCAACAACGAACUUGACAUUGGCAAUGAAACUUCGCCCGAGCCUCAGGACACCAAGAAACCUCCCUCUGGUGCCUGCGUCGGUAUCUUCACCUAUCACCAAAAAAACUGCGAAUCCGACAUCGAAAUUCUGACAAGUGAUCCCACCUACCGGGUCCGAUACGCCAACCAGCCAGAUUACGAUCCCAUCACAGAUCGCAUGAUCCCAGGCGCAGCGACCAUCGCGGACGUCUCGGUCCCAUGGACCACCUGGUCAACACAUCGACUAGACUGGCACGCCGGCAAGUCCCGCUGGUACGUUAACAACGGCCUCGAAGAAGUCAAGACGUACCGCGUGCCCAAUCUGCAAAGCAGACUUGUGAUCAAUCUGUGGAGCGACGGUGGUUUCUGGACAGGCGAUAUGAAAAUCGGGGACAAGAUCUACCUUGGGAUUGAAUAUAUCGAGCUGGCGUAUAACCGGUCAUCGGAUGGGAAUCACUGGUCUAAGGUUCCCCCGGAGGAGAAUCAUGGUGGGCACCAGCGGUUUGCUGGCAAUGUUUCUGCUGCUGGCAACGUUUCUGCGGUUGAGGUGGAGGAUGUCACGGGUGAGGACUUUGGAUCUGAGACGGAGAUUGUGACCGGGGCCACGGCCAAGAAAAGGAAGUGCAAGAAGGGGAAGAAAGGUCGCAAAUGUCGGGAGAGGAACAAGCAUAAGAAACACGGGAAGCAUGGAAAACAUGGCAAACAUGGCAAGCAUGGGAAGGGAGGCAAAUCCACUGAGCCAAAAUGCCGACGUGUGUGCAAUAUUGACGAGCUUCGCUUCGCCUCCAAGGACUGA